AUUCUUUAUAUUAAAAAUGUUUAUAAAAUGUUAAUAUUAUUCGUAAUAAUACGAGAUAAAUCUUAAUUUAAAAAGUUUCAGUAAAUUGUUUAUAAUUAAAAGUAAUUUUAAAAUACUGGAAUAUUUCCGGAAUAACUUUUUUCCACGUGUGGAACAGCCUGUUAUAGAAGACAUGGACGAGAUAAGUAAAGAUGAUCGAUUCAGUCACAUUGGAAAGGACCCACGUUUUAGGAGAAUACCAAAAAAGGAGAAGAAGGUUAAAAUUGACUCACGAUUUCAGUCUAUGUUCACUGAUAAGAAAUUUAAAUUGAAAUACACAGUCGAUAAACGGGGACGUCCUGUAAACAAAACAACCAGUGAAAACCUGAAGAAGUUUUACGAUAUCGACGAAGAAGAGAAAAAUGAUGCUAAAUCUGACUCGGAGCAGGAUGAACAGUGUGAUGAUGCCACCACAGACAAUGAUGAAACUGGUUCAGCAGCCAAUGCAGGAGACAGUGAUGAAGAAAAAGAAAGUAAACAGCUAGACCAUGUUGCAGAGAUACCAUAUAUUUCUGAAGAUGGACCUGACUUUGCACGAGGUGGAGGAAAUCUUGAGUCAUCCAGUGAGGAUGAGGAAGAGGGCGGUAAGGAGGAGGAAGUGGAGACCCUAGUAGGUGACAGCAACAUUGACCCUGACUGGGUUGAUCUUGACAAAGAUGCUCCUGAAGCAGAGGAUAUUUCAUGCCGUCUGGCCAUUUGCAACAUGAAUUGGGACAGAAUCAAAUCCAAGGAUAUCUUUGUUCUCCUGAGUUCAUUUUUGCCACCAGGUGGAGUUAUACAUUCUGUUGUGAUCUAUCCCUCAGAGUUUGGACUGCAGAGGAUGGCGGAAGAAGUACUGGGGCCAGCAGAACUGAAAAGUGACAAGGAACCAUCAACAGGAGACAGAGAGGAAAAUCAGAAGCAAGAAGAGCAAAGUUUGUGCAUCAAAGUUGACCCUGAGAAAAUACGCAAGUACCAGCUCAAUCGCUUGAAAUACUAUUAUGCUGUAGUUGAAUGUGACAGCAAGGAGACUGCAAAUAAACUGUAUGAAGAAUGUGAUGGACAGGAAUACGAGAGUAGUUCAGCUCGUCUGGAUCUUCGCUUCAUUCCAGAUGAUCUGACCUUUGAGCAAGAGCCAAAAGAUGAGUGUAGGAGCAUGCCAGAUGUGUCAUCUUACAAACCAUCCAUGUUUACCACAGCUGCACUCUGUCAGGCUAAAGUAGAUCUGACAUGGGAUGAAACGGACCAUGAGCGACUAAAGCUGACAAUGAGAAAAUGGGCCGAUGAUUUUGAAAAUGAAGAUUUUAGCAAAGUUCUUGCUUCUGAUUCUAGCUCAGGGGAUGAGGAGAGUGAGGAUGAAGAUAGUAAUAAAGAUGGCAGUGAAAAGUCCAAGAAAAAGCGAGAGCAGAGAUCGCAGAAGUACAAAAACAUCUUGCAGGCUAUUGAGGAGGAAUGUGGUGAGAAGAAAGGGGUUGAUGAAGAAAUGGAAAUUUCUUGGGAGCCAGGCCUGAAAAUGGUAACAAAAGACAUUUUGAAGAAAAGGGAGAAAGCUGCUAAGGAAACAACACCAUGGGAAGAGUACAAACAAAGGAAGAAAGAAAAGAAGAAGCAAAAGCGAGAGGAGAAAAAGGCUGAAAAAAUGAAACAGAAAGGCAUUAUGGACCAGGCCACAUCAGCAGUUGCCAAUGAUGAGCUUGCUGGUGAUGCAGGAUUUGAUGAUCCUUUCUUUAAUGAUUCCAAGGAAGAUGAUAAACAGUCUAAAAAGAAGAACAAACAGAAAAAGAAAGAGAAAGAAGAAAAUCUAACCCAAGAGGAUCUUGAACUGCAGGAGAAAGAACAAGCUAAACUAAAAUUACUCAUGAUGGAUGAAGAUGACCAUAGACAUCAUUUUAGCUUAGAAGAUCUUCUAGAAAAAGAAGACUUGGGGAACAAAAAGAAAAUGAAGAAGAAAAAGAAAAAGGCUCAAGAAAAAUCUGAGGCAGCUGAUGAUCAAGAUACAUUUACCAUGGAUUUGAAUGAUGAAAGAUUUGCGGACGUUUACAAAUCCCAUCUUUUCAAUAUUGACCCAUCUGCCCCAGAAUUCAAAAAUACCAAAGGAACUAAGAGUCUGAUUGAAGAAAAACUGCUAAGGCGAAAAAGAGGUGAGUUGGUGGUGGAAAGUGCAGUUCCAGAGUCUGAAAAGAGAAAGAGACUUGAUGAAAAUGAAGCUAACGAUGAAGAAAGUUUCUUGAAGCAAAAACAAUCUGUGUCAUCACUUAUUCGAUCUGUCAAAGCAAAAACAGAACUAGUCAACCAAAUGAAAAAAAUGAAAAGGACUCGGUAAAAUUUGUCUUUUUUGCAUUAUUACACUUUUUUGUUUGUUUGUGUAAUUUGGGGUUAUUGAAGCCAUUGCACAUGAAUACAGGACAUUAUGGUGGUUGUAAUUAAUUACACUAACUCUUGUAUAUAAAAUGCUGUUUA